AAUAAAGACAGCCCAAUAGAACGGAAAGAAAAGUGCCGGAUGGUGAGAUCUGGGGAUGGCCCCGUUGAUGAGCACUGCCUGCCGUCAACUGUAGAGGCUGACUUGGGAGGACUGGUUGACCGGUAUCGCCAGAAUGCCGUCAUGAGCUAUCUGAAGAGCUCCCAGCUGUGCAAAGACCGCAAUGUUCACAUCACCGAGCCAACACUGCAGAGAGCCCUGCUGCAUCCAGGAGACAAGAUCAUCAAGGAGGGAGAAGACGUAAGGAAGAUCAGGCAGCCCGGAGGAUACUACAGCACAGGACGUGCUGAUGCUGCAUCACCUGGGAGCCAGGACGAGGAGGCGGAAAAUAG